UCAUUACACUAAUCUCCACUCUAGCAUCAAAGAUAGAAUCACCGUCAUCUCCUAUUUCAACUAGAAUCAAAAAUCCUAAAUCGAUGUUGAAAACCUCAGCGAAGAUUGUAAACCCUUCUUCACACUUCACUUUCUCAAUCCCUAUACACUUAACCUAACCAAACGUCGUCGUUUAACCAAAAUCCUAAAUUAUCACAACCACUUUCUCAAUGUCGGCCAACGGCGGCGCUGCCAUCGCCGGUGGAAGCCGCAACCGCAAUCGACACGUCGGCGAUAAUCGGUUCUACAGUCCACCGCCGCUUCGUAAACACAGAGAGAAACAAGAACAACAAAGGUCGUCGCUUUCAAGAACUUCAUCGGAGAAUAGACCCGGUUCUUCUUCCGAUUGCUCGAUUUCUUCGCGUGCCACAUCUGAUAUCUCUAAUUUGGAUCGGUUUUUGGAGUACGUUACGCCCAAUGUUUCCGCUCAAUAUCUUCCUAAGAGUUCAAGGAGAUGGAAAACUAAGGAGACGGAUUUACUUCCGUACUAUGUACUUGGAGAUUUGUGGGAAUCGUUUAAGGAAUGGAGUGCGUAUGGGGCGGGUGUUCCUUUGGUGUUGAAUGGGAAUGAAUCUGUGACACAGUAUUAUAAUGUCUCUUUGUCUGCCAUUCAGCUUUAUAUUGAUCCAUCGAAACCUUCGACGCGGUUAAGGAAAUCCAGUCAAGAAAGUGACUCUGAAUCAGCCAGAGAGACAAGCAGCGAUAGUAGCGGUGGCCUUUGUCAUGAAAGAGGACCAAAGACUAAUCACAGCAGUAGGAAUCAUCUUAGUGCAUUGGAUGCAUGCAAUCAUGCUUUCGAAAGGGUCUCAAUAAGUAAACCUGGUUCACCAAAUAAACCUGGUUCACCAAGUGAAGAGACUGAGAGCUGCAACCCUCCGGGUCAGCUUAUAUUUCAAUACUUUGAGCAUGAGACACCUUAUAAUCGUGAGCCAAUAGCAGAUAAGAUUUCUAGUCUUGCAACUCAAUUUCCAGAGUUGAAGACAUACUGGAGCUGUGAUCUUUCGCCUGCGAGUUGGGUUUCGCUGGCUUGGUAUCCAAUAUAUAGAAUACCUACCGGUCCAACACUGCAGAGCCUGAGUGCCUGCUUUCUGACUUACCAUUCCUUGUCAACAGUUUUACAGGGUUCAAAUACAGAACCGCUUAACAUCCAAUAUUCAAGAGGUAGAGACAUAUCCAAGCUAUCAUUACCAAUAUUUGGGCUUUCACAUCACAAGUUCAGAAUUUCUAUCUGGGAUCCGGACGGAGUUUCUGAAUCUCAGAAAGCCAAUUCUCUGGCACAAGCUGCUGAAAAUUGGCUUAGGCUAUUGCAAGUUACUCAUCCUGAUUACAAUUAUUUUAUGAAACAUUAUACAUAUUUGAGAUAGCAGCAUAGCAUAUGUAGUCCCUGCCCGAUUUCUGUUGUUCAUUAAGUGAAUAUCUUCAUACAUAAACGCCACAAUCGCUUGUCUUUUCCUAAUAUAAGCAAGCAGGGUUGUUCCUUAAUUAGGGGAUUCUGAGGGGGAAGGAAAGGUAUUGAAAAUUACUCACAUUUCAUAUUUAAAUUGACCUGUUUAUGAUUACAUAGAAUGCAAAAAAAGCUUUUGACCAA